GCCGGCCUCAGAUCUGAUGGAUUGGAGGGUAUGGAGGGCCUGUCGCUAUCGUGGGGUGACCCAAACCAGCUGAAUCAAAGCUGAAUUAUCGAUGGCUUCGGCUCCCAUCUUCGUGUAAGGGGUGCCAGCACGACUGAAAGCGUCUUAACAGACUGCCUGCUGCUUGUGUGCUGUGUUUGCAGGUACGGCUCCUUGAUGGCGGACGAGGUGAGUGGACAGCAAACACACACUUCACGACUUCUGCGCAUCAGCUGCCACUCUGUGUGUGUGUGUGUGUUCUGCUCAUCGUCAGGUGCUGACGACCCUCCUAUCACGCAUCCCCGAGUCACGAGCAGCCUCUGUGAGAGGCUUCCAACGCCUGUUCGUCAAGGGUCAGACUUUUCCCGCCAUCAUGAGGGCCGACGCGUCUACACCCGCCACUACAGCUGCACCGCCAAUCGUGAGAGGUCGGCUGCUGCUUGAUGUGACCGACGUGGAGCGUCAGAUCCUGGAUGCCUUUGAAGAUGAUGGAUACGAGGUUGAGGAGGUCAUGGUGGAGUACGACGAUGGCGCAUUCGACUGGAGGGCAGUGGACGAAACACAGCCAGCAGAUUCUGAGGGGUCGUCGUCCGAUGCUGUCGCCGCCUCGUCGCCGCAUCAGCAUCAGCAUCAGCAUCAGCAGCACCACAUGCUGGCAGUGGCGUACGUGUGGCCUCAGCAACUGGCGCACCAGUUGGAUGACGUGCGCUGGAGCUAUCGGCAGUUUCGGCAGAUGCACCUUGAGAGGUUCGUCAGGAUGGCCGGCGACUGGAGGAAACAGCUGCAGCUCUGACGCCUUGAUGCGAUAAACGAGAGCGGCAUUGUUGCCCGCGCAGUUGCUUCUGACUGAUGCACUGCUACUGACAAUGACGGGACUGCUACUGACAAUGACGGGGUAGCCGUGGCACGUGAUGGUGGUGGUGAUGUGUGAGGGUGAGGGUGAGUGUGGGUGGGCUUGCUGCCAAAGGAGUGGGUGGCAUGUAUGUUGCGUUUAGUACCAAGGAGAUUGGCUACAUAGAGAGCGUCAGUGUGGACGCAUCCCAUCGCUGGCUUGUAUGCAUCAACCGACCCUGACACGUAUGGUCCUGCAAUCCAGGACUGACUGAACAUCUGUAGGUGUCAGCGUGUGUGGGUGAUCCACAUACACACAAAGAUGGGUCAUCAGUCAGUCAGCGGUGUUGUA